AUGUCAAAACACGGUAAACGGUUGCGUCGAUCUGUACGGGAGGAAGUGUUUCGCGAGUACUGUGCUAAUAGUUCCAUCCACGGUGUACGUUACUUUGACCGUGAUGAACGAACGGCUUGUGAAAGAUUCUGGUGGCUAGUGGUCUUUCUACUCUCUAUGCUGGGCUGUUGCGUGAUGAUACACAAGACGUAUGUGAAAUGGAAUCAGGUUCCAAUCAUUGUUACCUUUUCGGAGAAAACCACUCCGGUUUGGGACAUUCACUUCCCAGCCAUAACGAUCUGUCCCGAAACGAAGGUGCCAGCCAAUAAGCUUAACUUCACAGCCGAAAUGAACGCACUGUUGGAGGAUUACCAUGACAACAACGGCACAUCUGACCGAGAAUCAAUCGAUCAACUGAAAGCCGUCGCGCAGCUGUGCAACAUAAUAUUUCACUCCGAUAAUAAGUUGCUGCAGUAUGUUAAUGGUACGGAGGACGACGUGGUGGGCAUGUUGAAAAAUCUGUCCUUGUCACGCCACGGUACACUUGGGUUGUGUCAGUACAGUAACCAGUACAUGCUCUGUGCCGAGCAUUUGAAGGAGACGCUCACCGAAGAGGGUUUCUGUUACACCUUCAAUUUGAUGCCGGAUGAUGAAAUCUUUCGCAAAAGCUCGCUCCACGCGGAGUACACGUACAUGGAGAGUUGGUUUCCUUUUUCCGACACCGAGACAUUGGCACCACUGUACGCACGAGGUGCAGGUCUGCAUGCCGGGCUUUUAGUGUAUCUCAAGCAGGCCAAGGAAGAUGUGGAUUACAUGUGCACGGGUUUCUCUCAAGGAUAUAAAGUAAUGAUUCAUGAUCCGACCGAGUAUCCGCAGGUGUCGAUGCGCAACAUGCGCAUUCCCUUUGGUCACGAGAUCUCGAUCGCGUUGAAGCCUCAAAUGAUCGUCACUUCCCAAUCGGCCGCUGACUUUAGCUGGGAGAAGCGUCAGUGCUUCUUUAAUCACGAGCGUCACCUUCGAUACUUUAAGAUCUACAACCAGGAAAACUGCGAACUAGAAUGCUUGACCAAUGUGACCCAGGCAAUGUGUGAAUGUGUUCGCUUUUCAAUGCCAAGGUCAAAAGAUAUGAAGGUUUGCCCGCUUUCCAUGUGGAAAUGUAUGUACGAUGCUAAAUGGUUCAUGCACCCAACCGAUGAUCUUGCAAGCUCACGCAACCAAAAGAUCAAAGCCAUUGUCAAUAGAUGUAACUGCUUGCCAGCCUGCAGUUCCUUAACGUAUGACGUGGAAACCACACAAACCAUGCUCGAUGUGGAAAAGUUUCUGCAAGUAAACCAUGAGUAUAAUAAGUCAGACAAGUUUUAUAUUACAACGAUAGCGAUCUACUUCAAGGAGUCGUACUUCAUCACCUCCAAGCGAUCGGAGCUGUACGGAUGGGUAGACUUUCUGGCUAACUGUGGAGGACUGUUAGGAUUGUUCAUGGGUGUGAGCAUUCUUAGUCUGUUAGAGAUAUGUUACUUUAUUACGAUUCGUCCAUUUAGGGUAUGAAGUAGAAUAGCCAGUGUUG